ACAGCUUACUAAAGGUAUAACCUUGCUAAUGGUAUCGUAGGUAUCAGCCGAAAUCUCCCUGGUAACAAUUUCAAAACACUUUAAUAAUUCAAUCACCUCCUUAAUUUUGUUCAGCUCGGAGGCAUUAACCAUAGAGGGUGCUUCUGGGCGAGUGAGCAGUACUUUACUUAAAAUAGGGGCUAACUGGACAAAUCUCUCUAACAUAUAAAAACAUAAAUUCUGUCGCGUUCUUACGUCAAGAAUCCUUUUCUUGGUAUUACUUGUAGAAGCCCGGGUGUCUACUUGCUUCUUCCGCAAUUUAUCACUGGCAUUAACACUUCUUUUAAUAAACUUAACAAAGUCGCGCACCUUAGUUAUCAAAGCUGAUACUUCCGUCGACUUAUCUAUUGAUUGCGUUACAACCAAAUUAAGCGUGUGUGCGAAGCAGGGUACUAUUUUUUUCGCUAAACAAGCUUCUAUUUAAUUUCAUCAUGGUCGAAUCAUUAUCAGUUACACAAGUUUCUUCUUCUUAAUUAGCGUAGACACCGCAUACGCGAUUAUAGCCAAGUUAACAACCGCGCGCCAGUCGUUUCUUCUUUUCGCUACGUGGCGCCAAUUGGAUAUUCCAAGCGAAGCCAGGUCCUUCUCCACUUGGUCCUCCCAACGGAGUGGAGGUCUUCCUCUUCCUCUGCUUCCACCGGCGGGUACUGCGUCGAAUACUUUCAGAGCUGGAGUGUUUUCGUCCAUCCGGACAACAUGGCCUAGCCAGCAUAGCCGCUGUCUUUUAAUUCGCUGAACUAUGUCAAUGUCGUCGUAUAUCUCGUACAGCUCAUCGUUCCAUCGAAUGCGAUAUUCGCCGUGGCCAAUGCGCAAAGGACCAUAAAUCUUUCGCAGAACUUUUCUCUCGAAAACUCGCAACGUCGACUCACCCUUUGUUGACAUCGUCCAAACCUCUGCAUCGUAUAGCAGGACGGGAAUUAUAAGCGACUUAUAGAGUUUGGCUUUUGUUCGUCCAGAGAGGACUUUACUUUUCAAUUGCCUACUCAGUUCGAAGUAGCACCUGUUGGCAAGAGUAAUCCUGCGUUGGAUUUCCAGGCUGACAUUGUUGGUGGCGUUAAUACUGGUUCCUAAAUAGACGAAAUUAUCUACAACUUCAAAGUUAUGACUGUCAACAGUGACGUGAGAGCCAAGUCGCGAGUGCGACGACUGUUUGUUUGAUGACAAGAGAUAUCAUUGCCCUCGUUCACUUUCCAGACCCAUUUGCUUUGCUUCCUUGUUCAGUCUGGAGAAAGCAGAACUAACAGAGCGGUUGUUGAGGCCGAUGAUAUCAAUAUCAUCGGCAUACGCCAGCAGUUGUACACUCUUAUAGAAGAUGGUACCUCCUCUAUUUAGUUCUGCAGCGCUAACUAUUUUCUCCAGAAGCACGUUGAAAAAGUCGCACGAUAGGGAAUCGCGUUGUCUGAAACCUGGUUUGGUAUCGAAGGGCUCGGGGAGGCCCUUAACGAUUUUGACGGAGCUUUUGGUGUUGCUCAAAAUCAGUUUACACAGCCGUAUUGGUUUUGAGGGGAUACCAAAUUCAGACAUCGCAGCACAAGGGCAGCUCCUAUUGGUGCUGACGAAAGCAGCUUUGAAAUCAACGAAGAGGUGGUGUGUGGCGAUUCUCCUUUCACGGGUCUUUUCCAAGAUUUGGCGCAUGGUGAAUAUUUGGUCGGUUGUUCAUUUUCCAGGUCUAAAGUCACACUGAUUAAGUCCAAUCAGUUUGUUGACGGUGGGCUUUAAUCUUUCACACAAUACGCUCGAUAGAGCUUUAUACGCGACGUUGAGGAGGCUAAUCCCACGGUAGUUGGCGCAGAUUGUGGGGUCGCCUUUUUUAUGGAUUGGGCAUAGCACAUUUAAAUUCCAAUCUUUGGGCAUACUUUCGUCCGACCAUAUUUUGCAAAGAAGCUGAUGCAUGCACCUUAUCAGUUCUUCGCCGCCGUGUUUGAAUAGCUCGGCCGGCAAUCCAUCGACCCCUGCCGGUUUGUUGUUUUUCAGGGGGGGUCUGCUCCAUCGUCAUCGAUUGGGUUAUCGGGUUCGCCUUCUCCUGGUGUUGUGCGUUCACUGCCAUUCAGCAGGCUGGAGAAGUGUUCCCUCCAUAAUUUAAGUAUGCUCUGGGCAUCGGUGGCUAGAUCACCUUGGGGGGUUCUACAAGAGUAUGCUCCGGUCUUGAAACCUUCUGUAAGCCGCCGUAUCUUUUCGUAGAAUUUUCGAGCAUUACCCCUGUCGGCCAGCUUAUCAAGCUCUUCGUACUCACGCAUUUCGGCCUCUAUCUUUUUCUGUCUACAAAUGCGUCUCGCUUCCCUCUUCAACUCUCGGUAUCUAUCCCAUCCCGCACGUGUUGUGGUCGAUCGUAACGUUGCGAGGUAGGCAGUCUGUUUUCUCUCCGCUCCUACACGGCACUCCGCGUCGUACCAGCUGUUCUUUUGCAUUAUCUGAAAACCAUCCCACAGUUCCCUUAUACCGAGUUCUUGACGAGUGCUAUCAGAGAACAGGAGUGCAAGUCGAGUAGAAAAUCGUUCUGCUGUCUUUUGUGAUUGCAACUUUUCGAAGUCGAACCUUCCUUGUGUUUGUUUACGUGCGUUUUUUGCUGCACAGAGGCGGGUGCGAAUUCUUUGACCACAUCGGCGUUAAAGUCACUAGGCACGAUUUUGAUAUGGCGAGGGCAGCUCUCAUAGGUGCCCUCCAAGCGCUCAUAGAAGGCAUCUUUGGCCACAACUUUUUUCUCUUCCGUCGGGGCGUUGGCGCAAAUCAGCGAUAUGUUGAAGAACUUCGCUUUGAGUCGGAUUGUGGCUAGACGUUCAUUCACCGGAGUGAAUGAUAGUACUUGGCGACGGAGUCUCUCUCCCACUACGAACCCCACACCAAACUUGCGCUCAUUUAUAUGGCCACUGUAGUAAAUGCCGCAAGGACGCAGGAUCUACUUGUCUCAGUCCUUGUCCCGUCCAUCGCAUUUUUUGGACGCCGGUGAUGUCAGCUUUUAUUUUCGUGAGGACAUCAACCAGCUGGGCAGCGGCCUUCCCAAUUAAGGGACCGGACAUUCAACGUGCAUACGCUCAAUUCGUAUCCUUAUUUCUUUUGCCAUGGUCGUCAUCAAAAGGGGGGUUUCUCUUCCGAGGCUGUGUGUAAUUUUAUUUGAGGGUUUUUUUUUAUGCAGGGGAUGUUUCGCCUUCUUACUUUAGCUGGCCUUCAAAUGGAUGUGCUUAGGCUACCCAGAGGAUACUUGAUCAACGACCGGAAGUCGUGAGCUGCUUGAGCCAUAUGUAAAAGAAUCGUUUCUGGCCACUCCCAAGUGAAUGACGAUCAGAGAACUUUCCUCACUUGCGUGAACUUCUAAACAUGACUCCAUCAUCUUACAACAAAGCAGAGAACGUUUAUAAUAGAGAAGGUUCAUAGUAUAUUUGGUAUCAAAGCAUAUACUAAGUACAUAAGUAUGUACAUAGUUAUGUUAAAAUUUACCUAUUUUAUGAUGAAUUCCAUAAAAACUUUGCAAAUAUGUAUGUAUAUAACUCAAUAAGAUUUGUAUUACUACCUAAAUACGAGUCUUCAUUUUAUAUACUUAGGUUUGAUACGACAUAUAUUUAUAUACAUAAAUAUGUAUAUAUUUGCUUUGGUCAUUAAUCGUUUCGAUAUCAUGUUAAAAGACCAAGCGGUCGCACAUUUGCCCAUAUAUAAUUAUGUAUGUUUGCAUGUAAGCAAAUAGUAUAAAAGAACCAUAUGCAUAAUGUUUGUAAAUUUGUCUACAUGCAUUAUACAUAUGUAUGUAAAUACAUAUGUACACUCAAUGCUUCAUGCGAAAUUUCCGUUGACACAGACAACCAAUGGCGAAGCUCACAUUUUUUGCUUUCAUGUCAAAGAAUCAAUAUGUCGACGGUCCGACGCGGCGACAAAGCGACACAACAUUGUGUUGUUGGUAGGAAAUCCGAGCUGUGCCGAAAACACAAACGAAUGAUCGCCAAUUACCACUGCUUCCCUUGCCGCUGAAACAGCUUCGCAUACAAACCAGUGUAGAUAUGUAUGUAUUUGUAUGAGCAUGCAUACAUAUCGACGCAGACUUUUGCAAGCCGAUUAAAAAUAGUUUUUACAUUCUGUUCGGAGCAGCUCCUUUCAUUAUGGAACUACCAAUAAUGAGUAGCAUUAAUCUUAAGUUAUUAUUUAUACUUAAGUUAACUAAAUUAAUACGCACACAAAUAUUCCACCAACUGUGGUGAGAAAACAUUGUAAAUAUUAAAUACUUUAUAUUAAUUGUUAUCUGGUCACUCUAAUUGUGCAUAUCCACCACACAUUACUCGUUAUUCUAAUUCCUCAUUUCCCUUUAUCCUUUAAUAUGUUUAUACAUACAUACUUGUUAGAACAAUUAAGCUUAGCUUUGCCUAAGCCUAGCAUCUUAGUUAUAGUUCGCUUUUUACAUUCGAUACCGGCACACGCAUUAUUUUCUAGUUCGGUUCUUAUAUUCGCUACCUGCAGACAGGCAGGCAUUUCACCUAAUAAACCACCAGCCACGUAACUUUCUACUCGUUGUAUUAUAUAUAUUUAUAUUAAUAAAUAUUUUGUAAAUAUAUAUCGUCGUUGUUUUAUAUCGCGAUUCGAAGCUAUCAAAAAAGCUUGGUAGCUCAACACAUUCCUUGACAAAUACAGUCAAUACCGGUUAUGUGCCAUAGUCAAAGAUACAGAUGCUUGUGGUUUGUAAAACUAAAAAUAUAAUAUGGCACAUAAGCGUGUGAGAAUACGAGUACUUAAGCGAGUGGUACUUAAAACAAUAAUUUCUAUGUGUAAACCGUGAGAAGCAGCAAGAUGUAGGGAGGUAAGAGGGAGGAUUUUCAUUUAAGCGGAGUACUACUUAACCGGGACUCACUGUACACAUAACUCAUAGGAAUAAUGAAUAUUUUCGUGGGCAACCAUGAAGAGGGAAGUGAGAGCAACGUAUUUUACCACUCCAUAUUUAUAAAUGAGAACAACGUAUUUUCACACACCAUGUUUACAAAUGAGUGCGCGAGUUACAUCCCAUGCUAAUAGCUUUGACAGACGGCAGCGUUAAACCAGAUUAUUUGCAUUUUUCGGGAUUAAUUCAGGAGUUAUCACAGCUAACUCCGUUGCUGAAUCCAAACAUAACUCUCAAAAUUUUAGGGAGUUUGUGAGAUUUUCGUUGGCGACAUUGUUAAUAAUUGACAGCUGUAUUCUAUUGUGAAUGAAAAAUAAGAACAGUGACAGCUGUUUUACGUUUAAAUGUAUUCAAAGUUAUUUUAAACAGCGACGAUUAAAGAUUAAAAGUAAGUAAUUUUAUUAUUUUGCAUUGCCUUCUAAACGAAAAUUAUUAUCUUUGUUUUAAUUUCAGAUGGCUGGCAGAAAAAAGCGUUCAGGGUGGACUUUUAAGGAUGAGUUGGAGCUGCUGGAAAAAUGGGAGGCACGUUCCCACGACCUCCGGCGUGCAAAGCGAAAUGCUCAUAUAUACAAUGAGAUUUCGCAGGAAAUGGCACAAAAAUACACCGCCGAGGAAAUUCACUGCAAAGUGAAAAAUAGGACAAAGAAAUACAUCUCUACUUUCAGAGAGGAGAAAACCAAAAUUGGCCCUUCUGGUGGUAGUCCCUCGCCUUGGAGGCAUUAUAAUGCUGUGAAUCGCAUAGUAGGGUGUACUGCCGUUAAUUCGGCUUUGUACAUAGAGACAUACUCGUAUUCCGAGAAUUCAACAUUAAACCAAUUGUUGCCGCCGUCCGACCCACCAUUAUCACCUCCGUUGCCAUCGCCAUCAUGUCCGCUGCCACCUUCGUUGCCGUCACCAUCACUGUCAUGUCCGAUGCCGUCACCAUCACCUUCAUCUGCAACAAGAAAACGUAAUUUUAGCCCCGAGUUGUUAAAGGUUUUAAAAAAACAAACAGACAUAUUAGAAAGGGUUGCGGAUGAAACCAAGCACGUUUCAGAGGAAAUAAUUCAGACUGUUCGACAGCACAAUAAUUUGUCAGAAAGAUUUUUAACCCUUAUGGAGAACAUCGCAGAGAAACUUUAAGUUUAAAAUAAUUGUAUCGUUUUUUUCUAGUCCUACACCAUUAUUUAAUGAAAUGUUUUGUUAUUUUCUAGUCCUUAACCAUUAUUUAAUGAAAUGUUUUGUUAUUUUCUAGUCUUAAAACAUAAUAUAAUGUAACAAAAAAUGAAUUUAAAUAAAAAAUGAUCUCUU